CAUGAGUAUCGCGUACACCCUCCUGGUACUGUGCUUGCAGGCUGUGUUCCAAACCGUCCUAAUUUUGGCCUCUCGCCCGUAUGCACACGUACUGGACCCCGCCUGCUCCUCUAGAUCACUGAAUUGGGCCCUAAUUGGCCUAGUGCGGUUCGAUCUCAAUCCAGCUGUGGAUGUUACCUUCUCUAUCGUAAGUCAACAAUCAAUCGACAUAGGUAUUUUGGCUGUCUGUAAGAUUAACCGAGGCCCUGAGCUGCUACUGGUGGCGGUGGGGGUGAUGAAUCAUAUAUUCUCACGAGAUGCUCGGUACUUAGAGAAAGACGACGAACCCGAAGAGCUGGAUCUGGACUUGUAUACAGCCCUGUCGCAAUUCACUCAGCGAUCCGCACUUAGCCGCAGCCAAGAGCAGUUGGUCGGAAGUCCAUCGAAUUCUCCUGCGAACGAGACGCCGAAUAUGCAGAACCUUUCAAAAGCCAAGGAAAGUUUAGAGAAUGGGGUUUCUUUUAAUGAAAAAGGAGAGAACGAGAAUCAUUCGAUCCAGACACAAACAGCACUACCGGGGAGGGUUGGUGUUGAUGGGGAUCAGGAGGGAGAAUAUUCCUCAGCAAAUGAUAAGGCAGCAAGUAAUACCAAUUUAGAAACCGACCAAUGGGAUGGCUCCGAUGUAGUUACGGCGGCGGUAGAGAGCCCCACGCACGCCGUCGACAAUAUUCACACAUACGUGGAUAGUAAUACUGCGCUGAAUUCAGACAUGCACACAGAUGACAGCACACACACCCCACCGGAUAGUCAUACUGAACUAGAUACACACAUGCACGGUAAGGUGAAUACGACUUCCAAUGUAAACGUACAUGGUGACUCAUGGGUGGAGGGGGUGGCUGAGGAUAGGGCCUCGCGCAGUGGGAGUGUGCAUAGUGUGGGUAGCACGCAUUCUACGACUAGUCUUCAUUCUCCGGAUGGCGAGAUAGCUAUAGAUAGAUCGCAAUCUAUAAAUAGCACUCAUUCUAUUAAUAGACCGCAGAAUAGUGCAGGGUUUGUUCACAGCACAGAUUCCCUUGUCUCGGUGUCGCCCGUAGGGUCGCCAUCGCGGGCGUCCCUCUCGGACGAAGAAUCGUACUAUGGCACCCCAUCGAACUAUACCCAAACUGUGCCUACCUACGAUAAACGUACCUACGAUAGCUAUACCCCCGACUAUUCCUACACCCCCGAAGCGGGCUAUGCUUCGGAUGAAAGUACCGAACUGUUCUUCGAGUCUCCGGAUGACAACUACUACGACGACGCCGACUACACGGCCGGCAGCGAUAACACUCUCGCGCACACACGCGACGGAGAUAGCGGUGACAGCCUACAGACACACACACACACACACACACACGCACAUACCCACCCCCUCCAACACACACAUGGAGAGAAGCAGGUGACACCGUGGAGCACACGCGUGCAUGUGUUUAUGCUGCGCAUGGGCGAGGCUUUCACCCGUGGGUUUACGCCUGCGGUGGUACUGACUGCGGGCGCCACCAACCCGUCGCUGCUCAAUGCGCCGUACUUUCUGUGCGUGGCUGUGAUGCCUGUUCUGCUGUGUCUCAGGCGGCUGCACCUGCUCACCCAUGCGAAGAUAGUGCGGCGUGUGGGGCUGUAUUACGCUCUAUUGCAUCUGGUGACGCUGAGUGUGUUCCAGUUGGUAGGUACCGAGUACGCCUACUCUGCCGUCCAGACUCGCCUGCUCAAUGCUCUGGGUCUGCUGGAUCUGGUGGGCGUGUACGGCAAGGCAGUGCCCUGUCCGCCGUUGUAUUUGGUGUGGAUGAUCUCUAGACCGGACCACAUGGUGAUGGUGAUAUCGUUGGUACUGGUGUGUCUGUUCGUCACUAACAGCGACACAGCACAGCUACGCUCACCCGCGUCGGACUUCGCCUACGACUGUGACUACGACUACGCCGCCAUGCACACGCCCACGCACACUGCGGAUGAGGCAUACACGAGCAUGUACACGAACAACAACACACACAACACACACACCACCCAUAACACACCCCACACAAGGGAGGCCUAUACCGCACAGAGUGAUUACAGAUACACGAACGGUAAUGAUGAGGAGACAGGGCUUGUGGCGCAUGGCUCGAGCGAUGGGCUGGCGACCCAUGGCCCACAUGCAGACACACACACACACACACACACACACACGGAGGGAGAGAGAGAUGCACAACAGGCAUACACGCCACACCCAGCACACGACCACCCUACACCCGCACACGCACCCACCCACAUACACGCACCCACACCCACACAGCAGAGGGUGAGCAAGUCACUGGCCAUGGAGCUACUUGAGCGGUACAAUCACAUUGCGUGCUUUGUCAUGUGCAUGGGGUGGGGCCUGGCGUUCUCGUCUCUGCUGACUCUGCCGAUCUUUCUGUAUGGGUUGGGUGGGUGGGUGUCCCCUGUGCACUACAUGCGCAAGCCGUUGCGGUGGCUGGUGGUAUACUGCUUUGGGCUGUGCGUGCUGUCGUAUCUGUACGAUACCACAGGUGUGUACGCUGUGCAUUGCGGAUUCUAA